GUACACAAGAAACAGUAGCAAGCGGAAUAUUCUACUUGCAGAUACAUUUGUAUUGGCAAUCUAUCUCUAUUGGAUGCAGUUUCAAUGUGACAGGCAGCUGUAAAGUGAUUUUAUUUACGUUUUAAAAGUAAAAUAGAAAAACAACACUAACAAAUUAGUAAAAUAAAUUCAGAAAAGAACAGUGAAAGUAAAUCAAACGCGAUUUAAACACAACUAAAAAUUAUUUAUCGUAAAAAUUAAUAAAUAUUAUUAAAUUGUGUUCGUUCAGCGAAGUGAAAAUAUUGAUCGCGUAGCCGCUGCAGUGUAUCGCCUGAAAGUCGGAAAAGGAAGACUUGCGGGAAAUGACAGCAUUUUUGCCUUUGAAUGCUGCGUUGCUUAUGUGGAACUGUAAAUAAGAAUUUGGAAUUUAAAGUAAAUGAUUUUGGUAAAAAGAUUGCGCACGAAAAAUCAAUAAAUGCAAAGGAGACAGACACCGACAGGCACGAAAAGGAACUGCUCGUAGACAGCACUGUGCGACGCUCACGAAGGGAAGGCGACGAAGUUUUCGCAUUGUUUUUGUUGCGAUUAAAACUCAGACUAGGUGACAAUAUAUGUACAUAUGUAUGUAUUAGCUGAAAGGAAGCAAAAAAUGUGUACACACAUACAAAUUAACAAACAUUCGUGCACGUUUUGAGGAAACUCUAGCUAAUCUGCGAGCGGUGAAGAGUCAUUUCGUUUUCGGAUAUCGUAAUCAGUAUACAAAUAUGAACAAAACACUACGUCCAUAUAUACAUAUAUAUGAAAAUAUUCUGACAAAGUCUGUUUAGUCAACGGCAACAACGGCGACGACGACGACGACGACGACGACUAGACAGUGGAGAUACCUUUUUGUUUACUCUCGCGCGCGCAUACGAUUAUGUAUGUAUGUAUGUAUGCCUUUGCGGUUGCCUGUCACUUCCAGACACAUUGCGCUAUUACCUGCAAGCAAAAUAGUACAAGCCCAUCUACAUAGCCACAUCCAUUACGGCAAUCGACCGAUACUCUAUAGCGGAGGAAUGCAAGGAGCACACAGCACCAUUCAUCUAUCACUGCUGUCUCAAUUUGCGCCCACAAAAAUAACGACAGACAGACAGACAGUGGAGCAGUAUAAACAUAAGCACACAUACGUAUCCAUAUAAAAUAGUAUAAGUUUUGAGCUCUGAGAUAAAAAGUAAAAAAAAAAAAAAAUAAUAAUAAUAACAGAGCCUCCCCCUCCCAAAGCCCUUUGCAGUGGCCGUCGUCUAAUUGUAUGAAUAAAUGGAAAUAACAAAGAAUACAAGGAAUUGACGAUUCAGCGCUUGGGGAUAACUAUUGCCGCGCAGCGGUAGAGUGGGUGCGCUUCUGUAGUCGACGACGUCGGCAAUCUGGCGCUACUUGAAUUCGCAGGGGAUGUAUUGUGGCAGGCUGAUGAUGUGAUCGCCAACAUUGCUACGCCUCAAUGGGUGUUUGCGUACAUACAUACAAAUGAAUUUAAUUAAGCUUCCGAAAAGUGCAUAUGUAUGUAUAUGCACAUGUGUGUGGGAUUGAUUGCUGAUUAUAUUGUAUUUAAUGUAUGGAUGACUGUGUUUGUUGGGCAAUAACAGCAGUAAAAGCAGCAACAACAAUAACAGUAUUAACAAUUAAAGUAAAAUAGCCAACGCGCAGUAACAACAAAAAACAAACUAAAUUGUUCCAUUGGGAGCGGCUCAAAUUAGAACAUAAAGUUAUAAAAAAGCAAACAACAACUACAAAAACAUUCCUAAAAAUAAGCUGUCGAUUUUGAAACGAAUUAAAAAGUAACAGAUUCAACGGUCGCACUUCAGUCGAUAAUUCAAAAGGCCAUAAAGGUCUCAUUUUACAGAUUGACAAUUCACACAUACAAAUAUACGCCAGCAACGCCAAACGGCAGGGAUUAUAUAGGUUUUCUAAGCCGCCCGCAUCGUUAAGCAAUUACUACAACAACAGCAUUUCAGCUAUUGAGUCUGAGCGCGGGUGAGCGCCACACACACAGUCACAUAAAUACGCAGCAGUGACGAUGGUUAAGUCGUUAGUCUCCAAGCUAUCAGCGGCAUCAUCAAAUCUAUCGCUCGCUUCAACGCUCUCCUCGGUUGGUGUGGGCAGUGGUGGUGGUGGUGGUGGUGGCGGUAGUGGGGUGCAGGAGACGAAUUACGCAAAACAUCGUAAUGACCCCGGUCGUUUCUUCGGAGAUGGCGUACAAUUCAAGGCUAAACUUAUUGGUAUACUCGAAGUGGGCGAGGCACGAGGGGAUCGCAUGUGCCAAGAGGCAUUACAAGACCUUAAAAUGGCUAUACGCGCCGCGGGCGAACACAAACAACGCAUAACCAUACAUGUGACAAUCGAUGGGUUGCGCCUGCGCGAUGAGAAGACCGGAGAUUCGCUGUACCAUCACCCAGUGCAUAAAAUCUCAUUCAUCGCGCAGGAUAUGACGGAUUCGCGUGCGUUUGGCUACAUAUUCGGCUCGCCAGAUAGUGGACAUCGUUUUUUUGGCAUUAAGACUGACAAAGCGGCAAGUCAGGUCGUACUUGCAAUGCGCGAUCUCUUCCAGGUCGUCUUCGAAUUGAAGAAGAAAGAAAUUGAGCUUGCGCGCCAGCAAAUACAAUCCAAGUCCAUACAUGAUCAUCAGCUUGCCUCAUUGUCUUCACUGAAAACUGCCGCCGGGACUAGUUUCAAUCCUAGAGCUAUCUCCGGCAGCUUAGGCGGCAGCACGUUAUCCAUACUGGGUAGUCUGGGUGAAACGAGUCGUGGAACAGCGUCAAAUCGCUUGGGCGUUAACUUAGAUGGCAAGGGAGCAGCCAAAGAGAUGUCACCGGAGUCAGUAGCCGAUCUGGUUGAUUUGGAGCAAGAGCUGAGCUCACUACAACGGGGCAUCACUCAAAUGGAACGGAUCACACCCAAUGAGCCGGCGCAACCGAGUGUAACUGGCGCCGCUGGCAAGCCUGCGAGUGAAGAUGAUCCAUUUGGCGACUCGUUUACCAACUUUCCUACUUACAACCUCUUGCCGCCACCGGAAUCGGGUCGCUCACGCCAUAAACCAACCAAAGCUGUGGAUCAAAGCUGUGCAAUCAACCAACCGGUAACAACUACAACUCCAACAGUCAACACUUCCCAAAAUGUUGCACUCUCCUCGUUACUUUCGCCUGCACCGGUAUUGAGCACUUCACCAGGCGGCACUUUACAUGGGGACGAUGACGAUAGUUGGCUGCAUGAGCUCGACCAACAUAAUGAUGUAUUUGAUACUUCGAAAGCGGGCGCAAUGGGCAUGGGUGUUAGCUUGCCAAUGGCGCCAUUAGCGCCCAGUGAAUGUACGUCCACACCUACACAACAAUUAAGUGAGAGUAAUUCGGCUCUCGUCGAUGUUGAGGCAGCUGCAGCAGCGGCAAUCAUUACAAACGCUCAACCGUCCAAUGGAGCGGGUGCAUCAGCAGCUGGUAAUGUUGGCAUCACAUCAUCUUCACCAAUACCAAUGAUGGGCGAUGGGCAGUCGCAGGUGUCAGCAAAUGCGGCUGUGAAGUCAGAUGCUUUUACAGAUUUGGAUCCAUUAGGUACGGGUCGCACACGCCCUUACGUCGAUAAGAAAUACUUCUUCCAGGAGUUGAAGAAUCCACCCAAGAAAGUGCUCAAUGAUUUAUCCGGCGGUGGCAACGGCACGGUGGAUAUAACCGCUACUGGGGUACAUUACACAGCCGCCUCGGCAGUGGUCGACGAGUUUCUGAGUAAAGAGGGUCUCUUCGAGGACACACUCGCUGGUGGUUUGGAUGUCCAAGGCGAGCAAAUGCAACAAACACAGUCGUCGCAGCAGCAGCAACAACAACAACAGCAACAGCACUCUCUACCAACACCACUUAACAUUACUAACACUACUCAUGCAUCAGGUAUAGCCGGCUUGCAAUCAGCCUUAAACACUAAUAAAAGUAAAUUUAUUGCUACUAACAAUGCUAAUGCGUCGUCAUCAGCAGCAGCAACAGCAACAACAGCAACCUUAUUAAUCGGUGUGCUCGCACCACAACCAACACCAAGCACGGUUAACAUUUGCACCUGCACCAUAAGCAGUACCAAAUACACGAGCACUGCCGCUUCUAAUGUUGUUGUCACCAGAUUAACGAAUACUAACCAACAACAACAGCAACUAGGCACUUGUAGCAACAACAGCUUACUAACAACUUCCACCUAUUCUACUAAUAACACAUCAGCUAAUUCUAAUUUAAGAUUACACCAUUACCAGCCGACCUUAAUGUCGGCUUCAACUUCAUCUUCUAUAACAACAACAAACAUACCAACUAAUCUCCAUUUAAAUCAUUACACUUUAGACUCCAACUCGAAGAGUGCUGUGGGUGUCGCAGGACCCGCUGGUGGCACCGAGGAUGUGGUGAUGAUGCCGCGUGACACCGAUCCGUUCUCGCCGACCCGCAAGAAGAGCGAUCCAUUUCAGGAGGGCAGUGACGUUUUUGCCAAAUUGGAUCCGUUCGAGUUUGAGUUCAACAGCGGCGAUGAUGCAGCCAAGCAACGCAUUUCGCCAACGGCCGUCACCGGUGAAUCGAGUCGGGCAGGUGAUGUUUUUAAUGGUCCGUUGCAGGUAAGUUUGCCGCCAGAGAGCAAUCUUACACCAACACCGACGCAGCCCCUAAGCACUGCGGCACAAUGGCGUGCAGAUGUGGCGCGCUUAGAGCGUCAAAUGAGCGAACCGGUUGCAACUAUGGGCAAUGGUAGUGUCAUUCCGCCGAAUAGUACCGUCCGUUCGCGGCCUACACCAUCCGGGCAGUUGUCUAAUGUUGGUCAGCCGCCGUCGGCCUUUAAGCAGCAGACAGCGGAUGUCAUUUCGAGCAUCAGCAAUAAGAAAAUGCCGCACCUUUUUGGUCAGGCGCGUUUCUCCAAGCGUGAGUCAAACAGCAUUAAUAUGUGUCGCUUACAAGAGAGCGAUUCGUUGAGUGAAAAUGAGACUGCACCAGAACCACCGCCGCGACCUGAUUCUGUGCUUCAUGCCGAACCUCCACCAUUGCCGCCAAAGAAGCAGUUCAAUGAAAUUGUCAUACGUCCGCGUGUCACCUCAGGCAAUGCAGUGCCACCAAGCGCCGCACCAAUGACUGUGAACAGUCGUUAUGAGUUUGUGAAUGCAACAGCAAAUAAUUUAUGUGCAGCUAACGCCGAAGUUCCACCGAUACCCUUGCCGUCACGUCGUGUUGGUCGCUCGGAUGGCAUCUAUCCCGGUCCGGGUCGACCACGAAAGCCCGGACACACCGAGGAUGAUUACUUGGCGCCUAUAAGUGGUGUUAGCAGUAUUGGCAGCGGUUCAGCGGGUGAUGUGCCACCACUCUUACCACCUCCCACGCAGACCUCUACUCGUACACGCGCUCAACGCCAACAAUCGCUUUCCAAGUCGCAGGAUAUUUAUGAAAACAAAAUGGAAAUCCUUCAGCAACAACACCAACAGCAACUGCUGCAGCAAAGACGACAGCAGACGUUGACUGAUGCUGGCGCUGAGACAAAUAUAACAGCGGCACCGCUCAUACCGGACAUCACACUCAGUCAGCUGAUGACGUUGAGCUUGGAUGAUUUGGCUGUAAAACUGAAUGUGCCCGUCAGCAAACUAAGCACUAUGACGCUAGUAGAGCUGACAUCGUAUCUGUCAGAGUUUAUUGAGAAAUGCAAGCCCCAGCGUGGCGCCUCUACGUUGAUCAGUGAACAAACGUUGACCAGGCAUUUGAGUCCUCUGCCAACGCGUCGCAUGGAAAAGCCAGCGGUUAAACCAGAGCUCUCGCCUAUACCGGCGCAAGCACCGGUGUUUAAGGUAAAUUUCGAUCAACAAGCGACGUUCGUUGCGAAAUUCGACGAUACGUUCGGUGAGGAUUUCGCCACACAUUCGACCGAAGAACAGGGUCAAGAUGCUUUCGCUAAUUUCGAGCAAUUCAACGAACCUCCGGCCGGCCCAGCACCAAUACUAUCAGAAGCCGGGCUUAACGCACCAAUUGUGCCACCAGCAGACCGUUAUGCCGUUUUCCGUGAGAUUAUCGACAAAGAACUGCAGGAGCAACAGGAGAAUGCAGAUCUCAUUGGCGAAGAGAUUGCCGAAAACGAGCAUGGUAGCGUCGCUGCAGCUGAUGUUUUAGGAAUGGCAGUAGCUAGCGAUGACAUUGGCGCACAUUUUGAAGCAAACUUCGAUGAUGACGAUUUUCUAACGGGGCCUAGAGCAACUAUUGCAGCGGGCACUCAACAAGCGCAGCCACCAAAGAUUGAUACGAAAAUAACGGAGGUAGUAGCACAAGCGAAAGAUCGUUACGCCGCUUUACGUGACAUAAUUCUUGUAGAGAACCUCUUCGACAAUAAGCCACCUGUAGCUUUACAGACCUCACAAGAGUUUCCCGAGUUUAGCGAUGAGUUCAAUGAAGAUCAAGAUCAGGACCUCAAGCAUAUAAUGGAUGGUCGCGCUAGCAGUAGUGGUCCUGAUCGUCUAGGCUUAGUAGACAGUCGUGGCUUGCCGGCAGAGCCUUCCUCUUCCGCACUAACUGUCGACGAUGAUGACGAAGACGAUGAUGGUGGUGGUGAAAGCAGCCUAGACAGUAACGACAAAGAUGCUGAGGUGGCUGGGGACGAACAAGACAAAUAUGAGAAAUUGUCGACAUCUACACAACAGUUGGAUGGAGAGAAAUCCGAAAAGCUGGAUAUGAAUGACAGCUUACCUGAACGUUCCGCCUCUCAACCAUCGCCGAAUUUAUUGAACGCCAAACAAGAUAAUAAGUUCCUUACAGUUGCAGGAAGCAGUGGGCUCUGUUCUUCGAAAGAUGAUCUGGAGAUUGACGAGCUCAUGCAACGUGCCAUAUCGAACUUGUCGCUGGACUCACGCGAACGUAUCUCCCCUGCUAACUCGACAUGUAAUAUGCCCACAGUUAUCGUAACUUCAGGCAAUUCAAUCGCUUUGCCACGUCCAAACGCCACACUCUCAACUCAGGCGCAAUUCAAUGAUGUUAGCACUUCACCCAUACCUCUCCAGAAGUCACCAAUACCGGGCACGGUUCAACAGCAACAAAAAUCUCCACUAAGCAAAUCACCACAGGCAUCACCGGUGCUCUCACAACUAUCUGCUGUCUCGAACCUAAUUGACACGGCUACGAAACAAAUGAACACAGGCAGCAACUCUCAGCCAGAUACCGAGGUGAAACAUUCGAAGGAGUUUUGGGCGACUUUCGACUCACCCAAGCCAAGUAUCGAAAAAAUUGAUAAACGUGCCAGAGGUCCUGCAAAGUCUACCAUAAAGACUUCGUCAUUACAUUUACCACCGCCACCACCGUCGAACACCUCACAAAAUGAUACCGCGGAGUCACCAUGUUCAUCUGAUCCACGUGAUGACGGCUGGAGUAAGGGUGUCGGUCGGCGGUGGCCGAAAAAAGAUCGACAUCACACAUCGUCCUCGUCGCGGGAUCUCAGUCCUUGGGAUGACGAACUGUCCGAUUUUCAAAAGCAAAAACGUAUACCAGGUGUUGGGCCAGCAAUACAGCCACCAAGUACGGUACAUGUGUCGGACCGACAUGCCUACUAUAUGAGACACACACGACGCAUGAACUCCUGCGAUGAGGAUUAUGAUUAUGAGGAGGAGUUCAAUACGAGACGUGAUCACCGAAAACUGAAGCCAGCACUUUCGCGGAGCCGAGACAACUUUGAUUUGGAGUCACCCAGCUGGUAUCAACAUGCACCUCAUCACACUUGGUCUCCACAGGAUAUUGAACAUGCAGCCAGCAUGCGUGCACGCGCCUUUGAACGCAGCGCCUACGAGCGCACCACAUAUGGACCACCCGUCUACGACAAACGCGGUGUAGCGCUCCCACCCAACGCCUCAUCCAGUUACGAUCGUCGAAGUGGCUAUGACAAACGUAGCAAAUACUAUCGGGAUUAUGCGCGGCCAAAUUACGAUUUCGAUGAUUACGGUGACCGUUACCGCGAUGCGGGAACUUUCGAAAAACCAAAAAGCGGUCGAAGAGCUGACUAUGAAAAUAUUUACGAUGACGGCCGUUCACCCUUGGGUGGCGGCGGCGGCGCUGGCGUUAUUGGCAGCUAUAAAAGCCGCGCUAGCGAUUAUAUGUAUGAUCGAGAGCGGAAAUCAUUCGAUCGUGAUAGCGUUGAGUCUUACGAAAGCGCAACACGACGGCGACGUAGUUUCGGUAGUGGCGACGUGUAUGGCAGCAUGGAGAGCCACGAAGAUUUUCGCGAACGUUACGGACCGGAGAAAACGCGUUCGCUUCGUAAGAGCAUCAAGCUGCGCGCCACUGGCGAUAUUGACUACGAACAGGACUCGGAGAGUGAUUUCCAUCGCACACGCAUGGGUAGCGGCGCAAAUAUCAUGAAUGUCACAGAUACGCGUAGCUUACAGCGUCCAAAUCAGCUAAAUUCGGCUGGCGGCAGUAGUGCUAUGGGAGUGGGGCAAACGCGUGCGCGCAAGAGUAGCGGCUCGAGUCCAUGGGAUGAACCACCAUUACCGGGUCAAAAGUCGUGGAAGCGUCCAUCCAGUGCUGCGGACUCUGAACGACGUCUGGCGGAAAGUAGACGAGUAGCCACGCUCGGACUGACACCGUCCGGUUCGGAUGGCGAAAAAGAUCGCAGGUUCCGCAAAAAGCAACGCUCGCGUGGUAAGGACAGCCAAUAUAGCAACUCGGGAGCACCAACCACUACUGGCAGCCGUUAUGGAAGCACUGCGCCUGCCGCACCCCAUCCGCGCGACAAUUACGAUUACAUAACUUACGACGAUGACGUGGACGACGAUGAGGAGGACUACGUAGAUGAAGAUUACGAUGAGCCGCCCACGGACGAGGACAAGUUCGAACGAUUAAAUCGACGACGACAUGAAAUGAAUCAACGCAUGUUAGAGAGCGAACGAAGACAGCAUUCCAUGGGCAAAGUGCCGAUUAGCUCUUUAAAGUGCAGUGCACCAACAACAGCGACAAAGAAAUAUCCAACAAGAAGUGGCGAAUAUGAUUUCGACGAUUAUGAGCAAACACCCACGCCACGUUCGAACGCCAGUGGCGGUAGCUCAUACCUACCACCAACAAGUGUGGGCGGCGUCGGCAGUAGUAUUAGCGCUGGUAGCGCGACGAAGUUCAGCUUCGAUGGUGGUUUCGAAUCGGAUUUCAAUCAAAGUUCACCACCACCGGCGCCAGCUGGUACCGCAUCAAGUUGCAAUUCCACGCCGGCCGCUACGACAGCCAGCGCAUGCGUCACGCCUGGUAACAAAUCGUCAUUCCGCUUCUCAAAUGAUUUCUCAGAACGUGACAAAUUACACAGUGGCGCUCAAAACACGUCGACUGUGGCCAGCUCGCAGCAACAGCUAGAUAUGGCUAGCACCCAUUCGCCAGCUUUGCAUGCGAUACCGCCGAUCAUAACCCAGAAGCUGCGCUUCGACGACAACGUCAAGGUGUCACAGUUCGACGAUGCCGCCUUCGAAGAUGACUUCUCCAAUGCGCAAUUCGAUUUCGAAAAGGAGGACCAAUGGCAUGCCGAUUCACUGCAGAGCGCCGGCAGUGGUGCGCUCAUGUCCGCUGCAGCGAAGAAGCACAAUCUUCGUAACAGUAAAUUGCAGCAGCGGCAGGAGUUGAUCAAGAAAUCCGAAUCGAUAAAUAUAUUCGGCAAAAAGUCUGAAGAUCCCUUCGAGGACGAUGAGUUCUUCAAGGCGCCGACUGAUGCUAAAUUAGCCAAUAAUAACAACAAUAACAAUGGAUCACAAUUAGCGAAAUCUGGUACGGGAAAUGGCAGCGGUGGUGGCGUUGGCGGCGGCACCGGUGGGUUCCAGUGUGACGAUGAUUUUAAUUUCGCUAAAUUCGAUGAAAAUAUGUGAUUUGAUCAAUUGUUUGCACG